GUGUUCAACCAACUUAAACAGUUUUAAUACAAACCUCUCAUAUUCUCUACUCAGAUAAUCCUCAAGUAAAAGUUUAAUGAAAGUGUUCCCCACUGUUCAUGUAUUCUAUGUCUGACGAGCAUAAGCAACUAAACCUUUCUCAAGAGGAGAUGGGACGGAACUCAGUGUCUGAUGUGUCAGGAGCUAAUUCUCAUGGAUUUAAGAAGAACUAUGGAACUGCAUAUGAUGAUGAUUCGGAGGGAGAUAGUUGCUGUUCUCUACUGAUCACUAUAUUCUCAUAUAUCCUUGUCCUUCUCACCCUACCAGUAUCUAUCUGGGGUUGUGUCAAGGUAGUCCAGGAAUAUGAAAGAGCUGUUAUAUUCCGUCUGGGACGCCUGAAGUCUGGAGGAGCUAAAGGACCUGGACUCUUCUUUAUUGUUCCCUGCAUCGAUACAUAUAGAUGUGUUGAUCUACGAACUGGAGCAUUUGAUGUUCCUCCUCAGGAGAUAUUGACCAAGGACAGUGUUACUGUUAGUGUUGAUGCUGUAGUUUACUACCAGGUGUCCAACCCCUUGGCUGCUAUUUGCAACAAUGAUGAUUACAAUCGGUCUACUAGGCUCCUGGCUGCUACUACACUUAGAAAUGUAUUGGGAACUAGAAACUUGUCUGAGAUAUUAUCUGAAAGAGAAUCAAUUGGAGAGAAAAUGCACAAGAAUCUGGAGAUUGCAACUGAGCCCUGGGGAGUCCAUGUAGAUAGGGUUGAGAUAAAGGAUGUUCGUUUGCCCCAGCAAAUGCAGCGAGCAAUGGCUGCUGAAGCUGAAGCAACAAGGGAGGCCAGGGCCAAGGUUAUUGCUGCUGAAGGAGAACAAAGAAGCAGCACAGCCCUAAAGGAAGCAGCAGAUAUUAUAUCCACUAGUCCUGCUGCUCUUCAGCUGCGAUACCUGCAGACCCUGAACACUAUCUCAGCAGAGAAGAACUCUACAAUUAUAUUUCCUGUUCCAAUGGAGUUCAUGCAGUCAUUCCUUCCAGGAGGGGGAUUGAAAUUAAGAAAGCGAAAUGCUGUAUUUGAAGAGGAGUAGAGGAAAUAGAAGAAAACUAUGGUUCAGUAAUCCAUCAUUUCUCUAAAUGCUUGAUUAUAAUUAUUCAAAUAUUAUGCUUGAUGUUUAAACAAUUAAAUUUUAAGAGAUA